AUGGCGAAAGCUGAACUCGCGUGGUCUCCACAUCGCGUUGACGAAUUUUUACUUAUCGGUGAAGCGAUGCGUUUGUACAGGGUUACUGUUUGGAAAGAAUCUGACUUGGAGACCCCCGUAUUUUGGAAAAUGUCUGAUUCGACUGGCAUAGAGCUGUUGAACAGCGUGAAUGUUAGCUUUGCUAAGUGCUUCCAAUGGCAUCCAAAAUCUGAAUACUUCUACGUCGUAGCUCUCGGCCAUGCGAACGGACGUGUGUUGCUAACAUCUCCAUAUGGUGAUGACGUUACAGAAGGUUUUAAUUUACUUGGCUACGACUUUCUGCCCAAGCAUUCUCGUCAGUGUUUAUGUUUGGCGUGGAAUCCGUCCCAGGCGCAGCUAUUAGCGGCUGGCUUCGAUCGGUAUCGCUCAGAGUACUCGGUACUCAUUUGGGAUGUUUUCUCGCGACCAGCCUGCCCACCGACCGAUCGCAGAUAUCAGCCAAAUAUUUCGGCUCAGUGGCAAUACGGUGGCUCCGAUUUCACGCGUAUUCAAAGCGGCAUGUCCGACUACGGUGCAUUUCCGGCUUCUUCUCAGCAUAGUCGAGCACUGUACGAAUUCGGCCCUUCCGAAGCCGCUCAUUCCCUUCUUUGGCAAGACAGCAACUCGAGGUUUGCUGAAUUAUCAACAGUUAAUAAAUGGCUUUUAGUUAUUUGUAGCAUUUUUCAUCUUAAAGCGACUCAUUGUUGAAC